AUGAAGCUACCAGAGAUUACCUCCACAGGAUCCACGGAAUCCACGGAAUCCACGGAAUCACCAUUCCCCCACCCACGCCUUCGCAGCUCAUCCCCAUCUCCAUCCUUCAUCUCCUUUUUAUCCCUCAGAGAUCCCUUACUGACAAAAUCGCAGUCACAAACACCACACCUCUUUAUCCCUUCCACUCCUUCCCCUUUACAGAAGAGCAAUAGCGAUCUCGCACUCAAUAAACUAAAAAAUGACAAAGGUUACACUGACACAAUCUACGCUGAUAAGGAUGUACAAUGCCAGAAAGUAAUUGAAAAUCUCAAGCACAAAGCUUUUAUUCCUGAAAAUCUCGUUGACAAUGAAGUUAAUUGGUUCUACACCAAUUUGGGAAUUGAUGAUACUUACUUCAAGUUAGAAACGGUUGAUACCAUAUCUGAUCACAUUAUCAGUCUUUACGCUGCUAAAUUGGUUGCGUACACUAAACACCGCAAUGACUCAAACAAAUUGGACAUCGAUUUGAAGAAGGAGAGAGAGAAUGACGCUGUUUUCAUUCACUCGGACAAGUCUGGCCAUGGCGUUGAACAAUUAAUUGACUCCAAAUACUUUGACAGCGACAGCAUUCCUUUCAGAUUAGAGACUUAUACUUCAAAAGCUAAGGGCAACCUUAGGUGUUACUUCCUUUCGAAAUGCAACUUCCCAAAGUUAGAAUCCAAGGAAAACGAUAUUCGCAAAAUUGCGGAUCCUCUUUUCCUCGAGAAGGCCUCCGCUAACACCAUUGACAUCUACCAACGCAUCCUCAACCAGGUCGACGUCCGUACUGGACCUGUCGUUGAAGGUUUCGAAAUUGAAGGCACCACUGAACAUCGUAUUGUUAUCGGUUACAAGAGAGGUACAACGAAGGGCUUCUUCUCUACUCUCACCGAUCUCUACCAUUUUUAUGGCCUCCACUCAACUAGGAAGUUUGUUGAGCAUUUCUCAAAUGGCUCUAUGAUAGUCUCUCUCUAUCUCAACCAAGAUCCUCUCGUACCAGCCCCACCAAUCUCUCACUCCGUCGUUCAAAUUGUCCGCGAAGUUUCCCUCAUCUACUGUCUUCCAGACAACCCCUUAUUCUCCCGCGCAGCCGAAACUGACCCUGGAAUGGGUAACGCAGUGCAGGAAGCCACCUACGCAUAUGUCGGUUACAUCUACAUCACCCACUUUUGCAACAGACUUGGUCCAGCAUAUGAGGCUCUACAAAGUCUGCUCGACGAGUCCAACAGCACCCAUAUGGGUGUUCUCGCUGAUCUCAAGCGCAGAUUGAGAGAAGAAACCUUCACCAAGACUGCCAUCCUCGAUGUCAUUCAAUCGUAUCCAGAGCUCGUUCGUUUGUUAUACACUCAAUUCGCUAUGGCGCACUAUCCUGCCUCCUCCGCCAAUGAGGAAGUUGUACCUACUCUCUCUCACCAGCGUCUCCAACAAGUUCACGUCAUGUCGGAUGAAGAGCUCCACGCUACUCUUCAAAAGGGUACUCGUAACCCAUUUGAGUUACAAGUCCUCGAAAGUUUCAUGGUUAUGAACAAGCACACACUCAAGACCAACUUCUAUCAGCCAACUAAAGUAGCGCUAUCAUUUAGAUUGGAUGGUGAUUUCCUUCCUAACAACGAAUACACUCAGAAACCAUACGGUAUCUUUUUCAUCGUUGGCUCUGACUUCCAAGGAUUCCACGUCCGUUUCAAGGAUGUUGCUCGUGGUGGUAUUCGUAUUCUUCGCAGUCGCGACAGUGAAAAUUACGCCACUAACCAACGUAUGCUUUUCGACGAGUGCUACAACCUAUCCUCAACGCAAUCACUCAAGAACAAGGACAUUCCUGAGGGUGGCAGCAAGGGUGUAAUUCUUCCUAACCUCAACGCAAACCCUGAGUUAGCAUUUGAGCGUUACAUUGACAGUAUCAUCGAUCUCCUCAUCCCUGGCAACAGCCCUGGUAUCAAAGAGCCAAUUGUCGACUUGCACGCCAAGCAAGAAAUUUUGUUCCUUGGUCCAGAUGAGGGAACGGCUGGUUACAUGGACUGGGCAGCUCUGCAUGCGCGUAGCAGAGGUGCACCAUGGUGGAAGUCAUUUACUACCGGCAAGUCAGCAGACACUUUGGGCGGUAUCCCACAUGACGUGUAUGGUAUGACUAGUCGCUCAGUUAGACAGUACUAUGUUGGCAUUCUCGAUAAGAUGGCCAUGGACGAGGAAACGACGACCAAGGUGCAAACUGGUGGACCAGAUGGUGAUCUUGGUAGCAAUGAGAUUCUCCUCAGCAAGGACAAAACAGUGGCUAUUGUUGAUGGCUCUGGUGUCAUCUACGAUCCUGUUGGCCUCGAUAGAGCGGAGUUAACUCGCUUGGCUAAGCAGCGUGUUAUGAUUAAGGAGUUCGACGUCAGUCGUCUUUCUAAGGAUGGUUACAGAGUGCUUUGCGAGCAGAAUGACGUCAAGCUGCCAUCUGGCGAAAUAGUACAGGAUGGAACCAGCUUCCGUAAUGGAUACCACCUUCGCGUCAAGGCUGACGUUCUUAUCCCAUGCGGUGGUCGUCCACAGGCAGUGAACAUCUCAAACGUGAAUCAGCUCUUCGAUGGCGAAGGAAAGCCACAUUUCAAGAUCAUCGUCGAAGGUGCGAACCUGUUUGUUACGCAACAGGCUCGUCUGAUGCUGGAAAAACGCGGUGUUAUUCUCAUUCGUGACUCUUCAGCAAACAAAGGUGGUGUCACGUCGUCUAGUUUGGAAGUUCUCGCUGGUCUUGCGCUCAAUGAGGAGGAAUAUUCCGAGCUGAUGAUGUACACCAACGGCAAGCCAUCGUCAUUUUACGAGAGCUACGUGAAGGAUAUUCAAGAAAUCAUCGAAAGCAACGCACGUAUGGAAUUCAACACUAUCUGGAGCGAGUACAAUAGACUCGGUGGUACAGAGAGCCGCACAAUCAUCAGUGAUAACCUUUCACGUACACUCAACAAACUUCAACUCGAACUUGAGAGCAGCGAUGGAUUAUUCGCAGAUGUUGAGAAACGCAAGAAGGUACUUAGCAAAGCUAUGCCAAAGACGCUCGUGCAGUACGUCGGCAUAGACAACCUCCUCCAGCGCCUCCCACUGUCUUACCAAAAAGCCCUCUUUGCUUGCCAAAUCUCCCGCUUCUGCUACCAGUAUGGCCCUGCGGCUAGCCAAGUCGAGUUCUAUCUCUACAUGUCCCAGUUUUAG